AGUAAAAGCACAAACGGGUCAGAGUACGCCCGGGGGCCAGAGCCUGAAGGCAAACCAGGCUGUCCAAAUAUGAUGUUGGGGGCUGGAGUGCAGCUGCGGCCUCUUCCCUUGUUUCCUCAGGGUCCCGGCGCUUCCGGUGAAGAAUUUGAAUGGUACCGGACCGGUCCACCCGGCUCUGGCAGGCAUGACAGGGAUCCUGCUGUGCGCCGCCGGCCUGCCCGUGUGCCUGACGCGGGCCCCCAAGCCCAUCCUGCACCCCCCGCCCGUGAGCAAGAGCGAUGUCAAGCCCGUGCCCGGAGUGCCCGGGGUGUGCCGCAAGACCAAGAAGAAGCACCUCAAAAAGAGUAAGAACCCCGAGGAUGUGGUUCGAAGGUACAUGCAGAAGGUGAAGAACCCACCUGAUGAGGUGAGCCCGGGGGAGGGGCCGUCCGGGCAGAGGGCAGCCGCCCGGUAGGGAGGGGGGCCGUCCCUCUACGCCCUCCCAAUAUACUAACUGCUCCUGGUCCUCUGUGUUACACCCUCUUUCCCCAGUUUAUGGGUCUCCUUAACGGAAAUACUUAAGUCUAAUAGAAUCACAUGAUCAA